AGGGCAGCAACAAAGCUGCACCACGAGCACGCCACCGGCUCCACCACGAAGACCACCCCACGCACGGUAGCAGACUCUCUCUCUCUCUCUCUCUCUCUUCUCUCUCUCUCGAUUUCUCCCAUCUCUCAGCCACCAUCCACGCCAUCAGCCACCACUGGCACGCCCGCCACGGCCAACCACCAUCACACGACGCCGCAGCCAAGCCCCUUUCCGUCGAGCACCACCCCUCGCCGUCCAGAAAAAGCAAGCCCCACACCGUUUUUCUUGGCCUCUACUCUGCACUGUCUCUGGCCCCGUGCCACCGUGCGCUACCAGGCCGUCGUCGAGUUCCUUUGCCGUCGUACCACCACCGUGGCCAAGGGAGGCCGCCACACCCUGUCCAGCCGUGUACAUCCGUUGCCUACGCCACCACUGUGGGAAUCAGUUUCAAAACCUUUGCUGGUCUUCACGACUGCCACGUAUUCAACGAAAAGUCCAACCCAAGUUGAAAGAGUAGAAGUUGUAGACCACCCAAAAAACUCCAUUGAUGUUCUGAGGAAAUGGGGUUGUACCGAUGAUGAUAUAUCGAAGAUAAUUGUCCGCCGCCCUUCUUUACGCCGGGCCAACAUUGCCCACCUUCAAUCCAAACUUAACAUGCUCAGUAGCUUAGGCAUUGGAGCUCAUGAUCUUGUGAAGAUGAUCAAUUGUCGCCCCAGGCUUCUAAGUUGUCGAAUAAAUCAUUGCUUUGAUGAGCGGCUUGAAUUUUUUAUGACAUUGUUUGAGUCAAGGGAAGUGCUUGCUAAAGCUAUUGUUAGGAACCCUUCACUCUUAACGUAUGAUUUCAAUAACAGGAUCAAGCCUGCUAUUGCGCUGUAUCAAGAGAUGGGUGUUAGUAGAAAGGACUUGAUUCCUAUGCUCCUUUCUCGGCCCACCAUGAUACCUCGAACUUCAUUUGAUGAAGAGAAAAUGGAAUAUAUUCGCAAAACUGGGAUUUCCAAGGAUUCCAAGAUGUAUAAAUAUGUUGUUACUAUCAUUGGCAUCUCACGCCAUGAAACAAUCAGUCAAAAGGUGGGAAAUUUUGAAAAGUUCGGGUUUUCAAAUGAUGAAAUCUUCAAUCUUUUUGGGAGAUCCCCCCUUAUGUUGACACUAUCAGUUGAUAAGGUACAGAGGAACAUGACUUUCAUUUUGGGCAUGAUGAAGCUUCCAGCUAGUGUGGUCCUUAAGUAUCCAUUUCUAUUGUACUCUAGCUUGGAGACUGUGUUAAAGCCGCGAGUCCUUCUUGCAGGGAAGAUAGAUGACAUGGGUCUUGAUUCCCAGAUUAAGGGACCCACAAUGCUUAGGGCACUGAGGAUGACAGAGAAGAGGUUUUUAAAGGCGUUUGUCAAGUGUCACCCGGAAGAUGUUGCUGAUGAAUUGUUAGAGUUCUACAAAUGCGCCAAAGGGAUCAAGCGAUUGGCAGAAGCCUCAAAGAAAAACAUUCGCGUGGGAUUCCCUUUUUGAAGUUUUGUUCACUGGCUGCACUGUUUUUAGCCGCUGGAAUCCAUGUUAGUAUACUUUCCUGUCUCAUUUGUUUUUUAUAAUACGAGAGCUUUUGAUACACAGCAGCUCUCUCUCUCUCUGUGAUUGCACCUGAUGUGCAUACUUGAUUAUCCCAGUUAAGGUAUUCUUUAGGGCUGGUCUCUUUGUAGAACCCUGUUUGAACAUACAGAACAGUCGGAACUUGACCCAAUUGGCCCAAAAUAAUUACCAUUUUUUUAUAAGAAUGCACUGGAAGUUGAUUUUA